CACCAGUCGAACAACGGUGCAGUUUAAUGUGUUCUGUCCCUUGUAUUGCUUGACGACGAUCGUGAAGGGACAACCUUAUAGAAGACCCGUCCAGUCAAACAUAUCUGGAUAUCAUCAACUCGAGGCGCUUAAGGCCUGCAUGUAGACACAUGGUUUGUUUGGAAAAUUACAUAUAAGACUGAUCCUUUUCGGCUCUUGUGGCUUCAGAAGUGCUUAUUGGAUUGUUUGUAGGAUCUGUAUGCGUAGGGCUUUAUACUUCUGAGUGGAAGUAACUAAAUUGUACCCGAGGAAACAAGUGGAAGAGUUAUAGACCGGCUCACUGGGGAACAAGCUUUAGAAACCUAAAGAUCUAAAACCGAAUUUCCAGAGUCAGUGGGGAUUUUGUCCAGAUCCAGGUUUGAUUCUUCUGGUCAUCUUAUUUACCAAAUAAGUAUAAGAAUUCAUCAUGGAUGGGCAGGAUGGACAGGAGAAAGCAGUGCCAGCGAGAAAGAAAUCCACGGGUUACGGACCACAUGUUCACGACGGACCGCCCAAUGUGACUGGACCGAGCAUGCGCCGAAUGUCACGGGUUGAACCUAGGGCCAGUAUUCAGUAUGGGCCAAGUGGACGACGCAUGUCCACGAUUUCGAGAACGAGCAUAUCUGGGUUGUCCUGGGGACAAAAGGGUAUACAGAUUCCUACGCGUUACCAAAACACGUAUAAACUGGAACCAGAAUCAGACGACAAAUUUAAUGCAUCACGUGUUCAGAAAGUAGUCCAGUCUGUAUUAAACAACUACCUGGAUGGUGAAAAUUACGAGCCCAAGAAAUGUGUCCACAUGGUCCAGAAUCUGUCUGACGUCAUCAAGGGAAGAGUGAAGGAAUUCGGCUACGCCAGGUAUAAGAUCAUUUGCAACGUCAUGAUUGGGCAAAAUGCAAACCAAGGACUUCGUGUGGCCAGUCGCUCGCUCUGGAAUGCUGAGCACGACACAUCAGCAACUGCCUCCUACCAAAAAGGCGAUUUAUUUGCUGUGGCUACUGUAUACGGUGUUUAUCUGGACUGAUGACGAUGGCUUUCGGUUUGUACAUCAAUCCAUUUGGCGAAAAUGGAAUACAACUUAUACUUUCUUCGUUUGCAUGUAUUGUAUGGCCUAUAAUUACAAUGCAGACAGGUUUUAUUCCCUUAGGCCACGCGUAUUCAUCAAAAGGUGGAUGGGAACCAUAUCCAUUCACCUGGUGUCUUUGACAUAUUGGUAUGGUGUUUUGUAUUGGUAGCUGCCGCUCCUGCAGUACAGUCGGUGCAUAAACCACGUGCAACUACUUAUAUAAUUGUAGUGUCUCUCACGACGCUAUCUGUCGCUCAGAUGGCUCGACUAGUGGGCUAUGCAACUCUCAGGUUUCUGUUAUUACUGUAUCGUACUUAUCCGCACAGGUCGUAGGCAGGUAUGGCAGCAGUCUGCUGAUGGUCGUGUUUUUUCCCCUAGUUCUGUCCGGUUUCCUCCCACCAUAAUGCUGACCACCGUCGUAUAAGUGAAAUAUUCUUCAGUACGGCGUAAAACACAAGUGAAGUAAAUAAAUACGUAAAAUUAUCUGCACAGGUGUCUUUAAGGAUAACGACUCUUAUUAUAUUCUAAGUAUAGAAUCUUAGAAAUGUGGAUACAAUUACUGAAUACCAUACUACAUGUAGUUGAAUGCGUCAAACGUUUUGUAAGUUCACUUUGCACGUGCAUGAGAUAUACACUUACCUGGUUAUAGCGCAGGCUUUAUUAAAUUAUAAUGAACUAUUAAUAUAUACACGCGAAAUAUUUGCGAAAUUUAUUGUCACUAGAACAAUAUGCAAAGCUAUUACAUCGAACAGAGCCGCAUGCACUCUCAUGUGGCUUUCUUUGGACUAUACAUGCUAUAUACAUGUUCUAGUAGGUGAAUUUUCAGAUAAAAACUACAAGUAACUGACUGAAUAAGGUAGGCCCUAUAAUUAUCUAUACCAUGAUGUCCAGAGAAAAGGAAUGAAUUUGCAAAUCUUAUCCAUACUGUAGUCCUAUAUAUCGUAGGCCAUGUAUUGUAUUUGCAUGUUUGAUGUGCAGUGUUUUGAUACAUCCAACUAAUGCACACUACGUGUUGUCUGUGUAUAUCUGAAUAUGCGUUUAUGCAAGACACAGUGGGACACUGUGAAUAUACUAGAAAGUACAUUUUAUGUUUUAUUUAUGUGUAAUCUAAUCUAUUUUCUGUUAGAAUUUGUACCGCAAGCCAAGUAUAUAUUUGAACUAUAUAACUUUUGACAUCCACAUGCACAUUCACGUCGUCAGAAACUAUUAUAUUGUUUACAAUAUGCAUUUCAU